AUGGGCUUCUUGUUCAGCAUUUAUUCGGGAAUAUCGCAAAUAAACUCUCUAUACCGUCGUCUAGCCGACCUGGAGACGAACGUAUACAAGCGUUUCGUUGUAUUGACCAGCAUGUCCAGGGACAUAUUCAGCAAAGGGCUGAACUCCCUAGAGAUUAAUAUGUUCAAGGAGGCAUUACAACUACUAUCGAAUCACAAGAAUGGAGCGGUACUAUACGGGGUUAUCCAACGUGCCUUGGAUGACUAUCUCAGCAACAUAUGCGACCUAUCCUACUUGAUACAAAGCUACCAGAAGCCACUGGUUUCAUAUGCAAACGGCACAGUGGGCGGUUUUGCCACUUCUCUGGUAUCGCUUGCGAACGUUAGUGCAUGCCACAAACACUCGCGUAUGAUCUUCAAUAACCUUGAACAUGGAAUUCCACUGUUGGGGGGGCAAUCUUGUCUAUUGGCUAUGAUGCGGGGUUCACUGGGUGAAUACCUAGUGCUGACAGGCCACGAGUUGGUAGGCGCUGACCUUGUUUGGUCAGGCCUUGUAAGGCGAUAUGUAUCGCCAGAUGCGUUUCACGUAAUGCAGUUGACGGCGGAGAGACAGGUAGAAAUGCCUGAGAAGGAAACGGAAUUCCAAUUGCAAGAACACUUUUUGCAACUGGACUCCAGGUACUCGUUGGACAGAUUUGAAUGGUUAAUUCACGAACACUUCAACCGAUCUUCAGUUGCGUCGAUAAUUCGCAGUUUGGAACGCGGCGUUUCAGCGAAGAAGCUGCGGUCGAACAGUUCUAUAAACGCUGAACUGGCGCGUAAAUGGGAAAUGAAAACUCUGGACACGUUGACAAAUCACGUAGGAAGACAUUCUGAGGAGUACGAUAUCGCUUUAAAAUUGAUACGCGAAGUGAAAUCGUAUAAGUUACAGGUAUUAAAGACGCUGGAUAUAUCGCCAAAGCGAUGGAUCGAGAUGCGUGAUUUCGUACACCGACCUCCCGUUUCCACGAACGAUCACAAGACGGCAAUGAUGUUCCAUUCAAUCCACAGCGAACUACUGCUGGAAUCGCUGCAGUUGGAAGUUGCGUCGUGGUUGGGUUAUCUUGGCAAAGUCCUACAAUUGCCAUCUGGUGAUUUGUGGUCGCAAUCAAAGUUCUCGUCUCACCCGUUUACGCCUUGUUACCGUUCAGGGUUUUCGCUUUCUUCACUUCCUGCGCUGAGGCGACUCCACCCGGACUUCGACGCGCGCACCGGCUGCGACCAUGACGCUGUUCGCAUGAAGCGAUUCUGCGAGCGCUGGUCGGACGACUUCUUGCAACGCGAACUUUUCCUCAUGCAGCGCAUUUUGACGUAG